AUGUUGUUCAUCGGUGGUAUAAUGGGUCUCGUAUUCCGAUCUCAGCUCACUAUGCAAAUUCCACUCCGCCUGAAGAUGCUGACGUCACUUAGGGAGUUGUACGGUACUCCGGAUAUGGAGCAAGUCACUGAUGCUUGGGAUCAGCUGCAGUCGAAUUUCAAAUGCUGUGGUGUGGAUGGAAAUGAUACACUUGUGAUUUGGCGAACAUCCAAGUGGUAUAUGCAUCAGAAACCGCCAAAGCCGGUUCUGCCAGCAUCUUGGUAA